CUCGGCGCUGGCUGGGGGAGCCCGCCCUCCGGCGGGAGAGUGGUCGUUUGUGCUGGCUGUCUGCCGCGGUGAGCCUAGCCUCGGAGAUCUGAGACUCUUCCUCUUCCCAAAUCAGAGAGCAUUGCAGGAAGCCAGGGGACGGCAGCCAUGCUUCAGACAGCAUGGUCCCAGUGUCACAUCUCAGGACCUGGAGGGCAGUGUGCGAAGCAGAGACGCCUGCCAUGCACCAGAUCACCUGGCGCCCGGAGCCAGUGACCUUUGAGGAUGUGGCUAUGUACUUCACCCAGAAUGAAUGGGUCAUCCUGGAUCCUGCGCAGAGGGCCUUGUACAGGGAGGUGUUGCUGGAGAAUUAUGCAAAUGUGGCUUCCCUGGCUUUUUCGUUCACCAGACCUGUUCUGGUCUCUCAGCUGGAGCCAGGGGAACUGCCAUGGGGCCUCGAUCCCUGGGAACCUGUGGGCAGGGAGGCCCUCAGAGGAGUCUGUCCAGGCGGGGAGACCAGAACUGACAAGGAAGAAUCAACGCCAAAAGAACACAUUUCCAAAGAAGCAGAGUCCCACGGACUGACAUUAGGAGGGCUGCCAGGGAAUGUUCCCCAGCACCUUGGCUUCAGGAGCCGCCUAGAACAGCACAGCCACGGGAUGGUUAAGAGGACAAAGUCAAAGAGGAGAGAUUUCACAGAUGGGUCAACCAGGCAUCAGGAGGCCUGUGCUGUAGAGAGCGGGGAGAAGUGUGAGAAACUGGGAAAAUACAUUAGUGUUAGCACACAACUCACUACGAAUCAGACAGUUUCUAGUGGUUAGCUAUCUUAUAAGUGUGGAAAAUGUGACAGUUGCUUCAUUCGGAUGGCGGACUUCCACAGACAUCAGAGAUGUCACACUGGUGAAAAGUCUUUUGAAUGCAAAGAAUGUGGAAAAUGCUUGAGAUAUAAUUCCUUACUUAUCCGGCAUCAGGUAAUCCACACUGGGAAGAAACCAUUUAAAUGCAAAGAAUGUGGGAAAGGUCUCAGUUCAGAUAUGGCCUUGAUUCAGCAUCAGAGAAUCCACACUGAAGAAAAGCCCUAUGAGUGUCGGGAGUGCGGUAAGGCCUUCAGCUGCAGCCCCGUCUUCUUCCAGCACCAGAGGUUCCACACUGGGGAGAAGCUCCAUGAGUGCGACGAAUGUUGGAAAACUUCCAGCUGUGGCUCAAGUUUCAUCGUCCAUCAGCGAAUGCACUCUGAGGAGAAACCCUACAAAUGUAAGGAGUGUGGGAAACGAUUAAGCUCCAACACAGCCCUGACUCAGCAUCCGUGGAUCCACACUGGGGAGACUUUUGAAUGUAAAGAGUGUGGGAAGGCCUUCAAUCAGAAAAUCACCCUGGUUCCUCAUGAGCAUGUCCACACUGGUGAGAAACCUUACGAUUGUAAGGUGUGUGGGCAAACCUUUAGCUGGUGUGGAAGGUUCAUCCUGCAUCAGAAAUUCCAUGUGCAGAAGACAUCUAUCCAAGAGUAG